GCGAGCGACCCAUAAUAUCUCCCACAUGGCUCCCUCUGCGUCCCAGGACCUCCAGCCUAUCGCGCCCGCUAUGAGUGUCGCUCUUCCCCCGAGCACACAGCAUCCCUCCCUGCCGUCCUCCUCCACCCCCUCCGAGAACAGCACACCCAUUCCCUCUGGUUCAGCUCCGCAUUCAAGUAAAAAGCCAACCGUGAAGAGGAAACGGACCGGUGGCGGGGACCCUGCUAGCGACAGCGCGGACGGCAGCUCAACUCCUAGGACCCGCGAUGGGCCAAAAAAGAAAAAGGCUAACCGCGCCUGCUUUCAUUGCCAGAAGGCGCAUCUCACAUGCGACGAUUCACGACCAUGUCAAAGGUGCAUCAAGCGCGGUAUGGCAGACAACUGCACAGAGGGCCACCGUAAGAAGGCGAAGUACCUGCUGGAUGAAGAGGAACUAGAAGCAUUGAAACGGGGUAAGUCUGGCGAGGGUUCCUCGAAGACCGCGGAGACCUCCACACAACCCCGACAACCACCACCAAUACCAGAACAGGCCGUACCAGCCUCGCAUUACAUCACCUCCGAGGCAAUGUACCCCGCGUACCAAGCACCCGGAUCGUAUGGGAUCCCAGCCGAGGCCGCAAACCUCGAAUAUUCCAUCCUCUCUGCGAUCCUCGGGGCGUCGCCCGAUUCGGGAUCAGGGGGCUCCCCCGCGACUACUCAUGCGCCUCCAGUCGCGAGCACAUCAUAUGCCCCCGCACAGUCAUCGGGGCUCGCAGCUGCUGCCUGGCCCGCCGAACCCGCGGGCCAGUACGCACAGAACCAGGCGGGCGGCGCGCAGGGAUACACGGGCGCCGGAGGCCCAGGGUAUGGUGAGCAGCAGCCGCCCCUUGCCCUUCCGCCGUCCGACACGACGUACCCCGCGCCGUCCGCAGGCGGCGUGCCCCCAGAGUACAUCACGCCCGCCGCCACGACGGGCUACUCUGCGAUGUAUCCGCCGCAAGCGGGCCCGGGGGCGUCUGCCCAGUACGCCGAUUAUGCCGCUGACCAGUCGCAAGCCCAAGCGCAGGGCUCGAGUGCGGGCGCGUACCCGUCGUCCUCGGCGGUGACGCAGUCCCCACCGUCGUCGUUCCUCUCGCGGCCGCGGCGGAAUAACCCGAGUUCGCCGACCGCGGCGCGGAUGGUGCCGAACUGGGCGGGGUCGCCGAUAUCGGCGCAGGCCAUCACGGCGGGCGAGGGCGCGGGCGCGGUGCAGAGCGUGUACAAGAGCGUGACGAAGGGUUACGACUAUACGCAGGGAUACCAUUUCCUGAUGAAGCACCUGAGCCGGAGGUUCGACAAGAACGAUAUCCUGCGCAUAGUACGCGCGCUGGCGAUCGUACGACCGUCGUUCAUCGCUCUACAAAUGCCGAUGUCAGAAGAGGACGAGGUCUUCGUGGAGAAGUGCUUCCAGCGCUCGCUCAUUGAGCUCGACAAGCUCGUCUCGUUCUCGGGCACGCCGACUGUUGCGUGGCGUCGUACGGGCGAAAUCUGCCUCGUCGGCCCCGAGUUCUGCAUGCUCACCGGCUGGGAGCGCGAGGAGCUCGUCGGAAGGCGCAAGUACAUCUACGAGCUGUUCGAAAACCAGUCGGUGGUGGAGUACUGGGAGAACUUCGCGAACCACGCGUUCGAGAACACGACGCAGUCCGUGUACUCGCAUUGCGUGCUCCUCAAGCCGAGCGGUGCACCAGUCCCUUGCACAUUCUGCUUCUCCAUCCGCCGUGAUAUCAUGGACCUCCCUAGUCUCGUUAUCGGACAAUGGUUGCCGUUAUUAUAACACGCGGCGCACACCCAAUCCGCCCUCCCCAGUCCCCGCACACCUACCCAGUCAUCUCCACCCUCCCCGUCGCCGCCAACGCAGAAGUUUCCGCCAGUUAUCCACUGUACACUCUCCCGCACUUCGCGCUGCACCCCGCCAGCACACGCCUAC